AUGUGUGAUGGCUUCGCUUUCUUGGCAUGCCUGCUGAUCGCUGCAGCUGGGAUAUGUGCAGCCGGCGAUUUACGGGAGCUCAAAGGAAAGGAUACGUACAACGAGGAGCUGCUCAUCAAGCGGCUCAAAAGCGAACAUCUGCUAAAACAAAAAUAUUCAGGGCCGGACUAUGCACUGUUUCCACGGAUUAUCGGUGAAGUGGUAACAAAACAUCGCGUUCGAGAAUUUCAUCUUUCAUUAACGCAA